AUGCGCAGCUUCGACGCCCUGUUGCUUGCUGCCCUUGCGGCCUCGCCCGCUCUGGCUCGCCAGAUUCCGUCGAACGUGCAGAGCCUGUACAACUUUAUCCGGGCCCAGGGCCAAUGCAAAAACAUUCUCAAGGGCGGCUUCUUCAGCCAAGAGGGUGACUCCAAGAACUUCUCCUACUGCGGUGACCACCUGAACGACUACCGCAUCAUGUACCUCCAGGGCACCAACGGCAACCUGGUUAACAUGGACAUUGACUGCGAUGGCGCUCUGGGCACUGGUGACGGCAGCUGCGACAGCUCGCAGGACACGCAGAGCGAGACAAGCUUCAAGGACACCGUCGCCAGCUACAAGAAGGGCAUCAAGGAUCUCAAUGCCUACGUGCACUCGUUUGUCGUCCUGGGCAACGAGGGCAGCAAGAGCGGCUACGUCAACUUUGAUCCGCAGUCGGUGGGCGUUGAACCUCUGUCCAUUGUCGCUGUUGUCUGCGGCAACCAGAUGUUCUACGGCGUCUGGGGCGACACCAACGGCGACGACGGCCCUCCUCUGGUCGGCGAGGUCUCUGACUCUCUCGGCCGCGCCUGUUACGGAAACGCCGUCAACGGCAACGCCGCUCACGACGCCAACGACGUGCUGUAUAUUGCAUUCACCGGCCAGGAUGCCGUCCCUGGCGCCAACGGAGCCAACUGGGCUGCCUCGUCCUUCUCGGCCUUUGAGUCGUCUCUAGGCGCUCUUGGUGACAAGCUGGUUGCACGUAUCGGCAGC